UUGCCCUUGACAUUUCCGCGAACCUUCUUCCUCUCUCUCUCUUUCUCUCACUGAUUGAAUUUCAAGCACAAAAAGCUAUCUGGGUUUUUGAUAGAUAAUCAAAGGGGGGACUUUCAGUUUUCCACCAUGGACAACCUGUUCGUUUAAUCACUCAGACUUCGUUGUUUGGGGGACGGACUUUGGGAACUUCGUGGUGCAUAAAGAAGUUCUUUGGGUUCUCCAAACGUUCAGAGGUUGAACUUCCAUUUGGAGAUUUUAUCGAAAGCGGGUUAUAGUCAUGAAUUUUCAUCAAGAGAAGUUCGUCAGGUUUCAGGAUUGGACCUCAGAGAAAAAGGUUGAGCCACUAUAUUCUCCAGAUGAUGAAAUACAUCCAGGAAAAUUCAGAAGGACAAUCCACUCGGUGUCAAUGAAAUUCCAAAGAGGGUUGGAAUCUGGUUCUGAGAGGAUUAAGAAGUCAUGGAAAUCCUAUUCAUUUGACGGAGUUGUUGCUAAAAGCUUUGGUUCUAGAAUUCUUGAUCCACAAGGGCCUUUCCUUCAAAAGUGGAAUAAGAUAUUUGUAUUGGCAUGUCUUAUUGCCGUCUCCCUUGAUCCCUUGUUCUUUUACAUCCCUGUGAUCGAUGAUAAGAACAAGUGCCUUGGCUUGGACAAAAAGAUGAAGAUAACAGCUAGCGUUUUGCGUUCAUUUACAGAUAUAUUUUAUAUUGUUCACAUAAUUUUCCAGUUUCGUACUGGAUUUGUUGCUCCUUCUUCUCGAGUUUUUGGAAGAGGUGUUUUAGUUGAAGAUGCUUGGUCUAUUGCAAGGAGGUAUCUAUCGUCAUACUUCCUAAUUGACAUUCUUGCAGUCCUCCCACUCCCACAGGUGGUUAUAAUUUUCAUUCCAAAAUUGGGAGGCUCUGAAUACUUGAAUACAAAGAAUUUGUUGAAGUUUAUUGUUCUAUUCCAGUACGUGCCAAGGGUUAUACGAAUAUAUCCACUAUAUAGAGAAGUCACAAGGGCUUCCGGCAUACUGACCGAAACUGCUUGGGCAGGAGCUGCAUUUAAUCUUUUCCUUUACAUGCUUGCCAGUCAUGUACUUGGGGCCUUUUGGUAUUUGGUUUCCAUUGAACGUGAAACCACAUGCUGGAAAGCAGCCUGUGGGAACAAUACUACCAUAUGCUCCCGUGAGGAUUUAUACUGUGAUACCGCGAAGGAUUUUAAUAAGACCACAUUCCUUUUAAAUUCUUCAUGCCCAAUACAAGAAGAAGAUAAAUCGCAAUUUGAUUUUGGAAUAUUCCUUGAUGCCCUUCAAUCUGGUAUUGUUGAGUCAAGCACACAUUUUCCCCAGAAAUUCUUUUACUGUUUUUGGUGGGGCCUACGAAAUCUAAGUUCACUUGGUCAAAACCUUGGAACCAGUACAUAUGUUUGGGAAAUCUGCUUUGCAGUCUUCAUUUCUAUCGCUGGCUUGGUGCUAUUUUCAUUUCUUAUCGGAAAUAUGCAGACAUAUUUGCAGUCUACAACCACGAGAUUGGAAGAAAUGAGAGUAAAAAGGAGAGAUGCAGAACAGUGGAUGUCCCACCGCUUGCUCCCUGAGAAUUUGAGAGAGCGCAUCAGGCGGUAUGAACAGUAUAAAUGGCAAGAAACCAGAGGUGUUGAUGAAGAGAAUUUGAUAUGUAAUCUUCCCAAGGAUCUUAGAAGGGACAUAAAGCGCCAUCUCUGCUUGGCUCUGCUUAUGAGAGUACCAAUGUUUGAGAAAAUGGAUGAACAACUGCUGGAUGCAAUGUGUGAUCGUCUCAAGCCAGUACUCUAUACAGAGGAAAGCUACAUUGUUCGGGAGGGAGACCCAGUUGAUGAGAUGCUCUUCAUAAUGCGAGGCAGGCUUUUGACUAUGACCACAAAUGGUGGAAGAACUGGUUUCUUUAACUCUGAAUAUCUUAAGGCCGGUGACUUCUGUGGUGAAGAACUUCUCACAUGGGCUCUUGAUCCCCACUCAUCAUCUAAUCUUCCCAUCUCGACCAGAACUGUCCAAGCCCUUAGUGAAGUUGAAGCCUUUGCUUUAAAAGCAGAUGACUUGAAGUUUGUAGCCUCUCAAUUCAGGCGGCUUCACAGCAAGCAGCUCCGCCACACAUUCAGGUUGUACUCACAGCAGUGGAGGACUUGGGCAGCUUGUUUUAUACAAGCAGCGUGGAGACGUCAUUGUAAAAAGAAGCUAGAAACGUCUCUGCUGGAAGAGGAGAAUAGGUUGCAAGAUGCACUGGCCAAGGCUGGGGCUAGCUCCCCAAGUCUUGGUGCCACCAUUUAUGCCUCACGUUUUGCUGCUAAUAUACUCCGUACUAUACGGCGUAGUGGUACGCGGAAGGCAAGGGUGCCAGAGAGAUUACCGGCCAUGCUACUUCAGAAGCCAGCGGAGCCUGAUUUUACUGCUGAAGAACAAUAAUAGGGGUAUAUAGAGGUUUUGAUAGAGUGCAAGCUUUGGUUUGUUGCGUAAAAUGUAACAUGAAAUCAUUUAACUGGAAAAAAAAAGGAAGAAAAAUGUAAUUGCAUAAUUGUAGAGUGUCACAUUUUGUUGUGUUGGAUCCGUACCAGUUGUGUAAAUUAUCCGUUUCGUAUAUGGCAAUGCCUGAUUGUUUCCUGGUUUUAACGAGAA